AUGCCGCUGCUCGCAGCUAUCUCCCAGCAGCGCUGGAAGAACCUUCGUGGCGGCGGUGUUAUCAGCCUCACCAUGGAGGACACGUUGGGCAAAGCAGUAUGGACCUCUUUGCGUGUCGGAGUGCGCCAGCUGCAAGGCUCAUUGUCAAACCCUUCGACGGUCAAGCCGAAGUCUUGGGAAGCAGCCACUGACGUCUUGAAAGACCUGGAGCCGCUUUUCCUCCGAAAGUCUUUCGUUGUGAUCUCCUUGCACUUGGACCAGCAGGCCUUGGUGGCCACGUCGCAUCACUGCUUCACCUUUCGCCCUGAUGGUUCCGUGUAUGUGCCGCAUUUCUGUCGGACAUUGGGUCCGGAGGCUUGCUCGCUUGGCACUCCGCUGGACAUCAGAUUCGAGGAAAGGGUUGCCAAGUGCGUGGCUUCAAAACCAACAGCAUGGUCUCCAACCGAAAGUGCCGAUGACGUUGCUUGUGGGGCUGGAAAGGUUGAGGAAUGGCAGUUUUGGUUGGUUCACAGCGAUUUCCCUGAUCAAAGUGAGCGGGAUUCGGGAGUCAUUGACGCAAAGCGCUACGCGCAUCAGUUGGCAGUUCUGAAGAAGCACACCAAGGGUAGCGCCGGUUUGGCCACGGAGACCUUGCCCCUUUUCAUGUGUGCAGAUGACGCUAUGCUUUUCCAUUACGCAACUACAGGUCGGACAUCAGGUGCGCUGGUUGGAUUCAAGGUGAAGACGCCCACAAAGAUCGCUAAGGAAUGGAGACUGUUUGGCAUGAAUUCUUCACCACUGACACCGUGGGCCGCAGCCAGUGGCAUACCAUAUACCGCUUGUUGGGAGAAAGCAACCUUCGAAGUGUCUUUUCCUCUGUUGGAGGAAAGCCAGGUCUUGAAACGGAUGGAAGAGGAGGAUAUUUACACAGGUACAACAGACAUGCCGCCAGGGCCUAAAAGGCCACGCCAUUAG